AUGUCUACGUGCCGUGUGGCGGCGUUCUUCGCUGCCUUGGCAGCUGUGUCCUGCGCCUUACCCGGCGCCGUUCUGUCCCUGGACCUGAACAGGCUCUACGGACAUCAUACUAAGCGUUCCGAGUACUGUCACCCGUACGAGCCGUUCAAGUGUCCUGUGGACGGCAACUGCAUCUCCAUCCAGUACCUCUGCGAUGGAGCGCCGGACUGCAUCGACGGCUAUGACGAAGACUCCAAGCUGUGCACAGCAGCAAAGAGACCCCCGGUCGAGGAGACCGCUUCGUUCCUUCAAUCGCUGCUGGCCUCCCAUGGCCCCAACUACCUGGAGAAAUUGUUCGGAAGCAAGGCGCGAGAUGCUUUAGAACCUCUAGGCGGAGUAGAGAAGGUUGCUAUUGCCUUAUCCGAAUCGCAAACCAUCGAAGACUUCGGCGCGGCCUUGCACCUGAUGCGAUCGGACCUGGAGCACCUGCGCUCCGUCUUCAUGGCCGUGGAGAACGGCGACCUGGGGAUGCUGAAAUCCCUCGGCAUCAAGGACUCCGAGCUGGGCGAUGUCAAGUUUUUCCUGGAGAAGCUGGUGAACACCGGCUUCCUGGAC